UGUAUGUAUAUAUUUAUAAACAUAUUUGAUAAUGUAUUUGUAAACUUAUACAAAUGAGUAGUACAGUGUAGACAUUAGUCUGUCAAGUGAAAUGGGAGAGAUGCUAGUCGUGGUUGGUCGUGGUUCGUCUCGGUGGUAGUGCCAUAGUCUAUAGUUAAUCGUCAUUCUCAGAGUUAGAGACGCUGUCGAGUUAACCCAAACGAAAGGAAGUGAGAAAGGAGUAAAGACAAUAACUAAAGUAAAUAAAAAAACAAACACUUGUUUUCAUAGUGAUAUUUUUUUUUAACAAAAAUAUAUUUUUUAGUGAACUUUCUCUCAGUCAAAGAAUCGUGAAAUAGAGGUGAGUGUGCGCGACAAUAAAAUAUUAGAGACGUCUCCUCCUCAUUCUCGUUUUUUUACUGUGGUAUGACACUAGGAUACCGUUGGAUCGUUGGCGUACACACUAAUAUAAUAAUUACUACAACUGUUUAUAUAUCUUCAAUCGUGUUGUGAAUUUUACAGUAAUAAUAAUAGCAAUAAAAUUAUACAUCAAAACAUUUCAUAUUUUAGAUUUUAUAUAAAAUAAAAAAAAUUUAUUGAUAAUUAAUAAAAAUUUUUUAUGUUGUGAUGUCUCAGUAAUAAAUAAAUAAUUAUCUUUUAAAUACAUGAGUACAUUUGGAUUGGAGGAUCAACUGUUAACAUAACGAGCCACAUUAGGAAAUCGAGGAUCCUGUGAAUGAUUACGUUGACUAGAAACGAUUGACAGAUUUGGAAGGAUGAUAGGGGGUCUUCCAAGUGGUUGGAUGAGGAAAGUCCUUCUUUUCCUCGUCCUUAUUACUGGAGUCCUUCUAAUAGCGAUGUACGCUCAUGCACCUCCACUUGUAUCACUUCAGCCGUUUGCUCCAAGAAGUAUGAAGCAGUUAUCAAUGCUAUCAAUUGUCAAACCGUUUAAAAAUAUAACAAAUGAACAUUUGGAGUAUGAGUUACAAGAUUAUUUUCUUAAGCACAGAACUUUCAACUCACCCUGGUCGUGGAUUUGUGUGGCAGGAAGAUGUGAAAGACGUGCGGUAAAAACAUCACAACGAUCUUUGGCAUCUUGUACGGCAACUUGUGGUGGGCAUGGUCGAUUACUGUGGCCAAAACCAACUGGCGAUGUAAUACUCGGCGAAGAUAGUGUAAUGCUAAAUCUUCAGCAAAUCGAAUUUGUUACUAUCAGUACGAGUGAUCAUGAUGUCCAAAAUUUACUCGAGCAUGCCAAAGAUAUUUUUAUAGGAAACAUCAGAAAUUUAGAAAAGGCUGCAACAGCGAAAGGGCAAUCGAAUAUCGACAAUUUUGUGAUAUAUUUAAGUGCCGGUGAUGGAAAAGGAACAAAGCUCAUGUUAGACACCGAUGAAUCGUACAAACUUGAAGUCAAACUGAAUAAUAAAUAUCUCGAAGGAAGAAUAACCGCAAAUAGUUAUCACGGAGUGCGACAUGGUUUAGAGACGUUGAGUCAAUUGUUCUGGUGGGACGAGAUAGCGGGAAAGCAAGGAGGGCUUCGUGUUCUUUCAAAUGUUUACGUCAUUGAUAAGCCAACAUUUCACUAUCGUGGGCUGUUGAUUGAUACCGGAAGACAAUUUUUUCCAAUCGAGCAGUUAAAACGAGUUGUUGAUGGUAUGGCAGCGUCAAAGCUAAAUACUUUUCACUGGCAUCUAACAGACUCGCAGAGUUUUCCAUUCGAUUCAACAAUCUUUCCCCAUAUGGCACGUUGGGGAGCUUACAGUGCCGAAGAAACUUAUUCAUCUGCCGAUAUCAAAGAUCUUGUAGACUAUGCCAGAAUACGUGGGAUAAGGAUUAUCGUAGAAAUCGACAGUCCAGCUCAUGCUGGCGCUGGAUGGCAGUGGGGUCCAGAGCACGGACUCGGUGAACUAGCACUCUGUGUUGAUCAAGAACCUUGGUCGUCUUAUUGUGGUGAACCGAACUGCGGACAGCUCAAUCCAAUAAAUAAACAUACUUACAAAAUAAUAGAAGAACUUUAUAAAGAAUUAUUAGAUCUCACGGAAGUCCGCGAUAUUAUACAUUUGGGUGGUGAUGAAGUUAAUCUUGAUUGUUGGGCCCAGUACAGUAAUAUUACUCAAGCAAUGCAAGCACAAAAUUUUACAGAUCUUCAUGCCCUUUGGGCUGACUUUGAAGGUAAAAUUUAUCGACGAAUUGUUCAUGCUAAUCGAGAUCAAACACCUAAGGCUGCUAUUUUAUGGAGCUCACCGUUAACUAAACGUCCGUGGAUUACCUCGCAGCCGUUUGAUCCUAAGGUACAUGUCAUACAGUCUUGGGGUGGAAGCACUUGGCCAGAGACUGGUGAUUUGUUAGAAGACGGUUUUCGGGUCAUUUUAUCCCAUGUCGACGCCUGGUAUUUAGACUGUGGAUUCGGUAAAUGGCGAGAAACUGGUGAAGCUGCGUGUGGAGAGUAUCGUACUUGGCAAACUGUUUAUAAUCAUCGACCUUGGAGAGAUUAUCCGUCGUCGAUGCAUUUAAUAAUGGGAGGUGAAGCUGCCUUAUGGAGUGAGCAAAUCGGACAGGCUUCACUUGGACCUAGAUUAUGGCCUAGAGCUUCGGCAUUCGCUGAAAGAUUAUGGAGUGAUCCACCUGGCUCAGGAUAUACUACGGAAGAAUCAGUUUAUACAAGAUUAGCAGCUCAUAUUGAUCUCUUACAGGCACGUGGUUUUAAAACUGAAGCAAUGUGGCCGCAAUGGUGUACUCACAAUCCUGGUAAAUGUCUUUGACCGCAUUCCAGAUAGAAUAAAAAUCGUUUAUGUCGAGUUAUUGGGAAUCUCAAGUGUCGGAAAAACACUUAAUGUAAAAAAUUAAUAAUUUUAUAAAUGAACAUUUUUUUUAAUGAUAAUUGUAAAUAUUGAAACAUAAUUAUGAUAAUGAUAAAUAAUUGAGAAUUUUUUAUAAUUGAGGCUGUUCAAGUUGUAAAUUGUUAAUAUUUAUAGUAAAUUUAUUUGUCAUCGUGUGCUUGAAUUAGAAAAUUGCAUCGAUAAUAAAAGCUUCAGUACACGAAUUUUAGUAUAUUAAAUGAAUAAAAACGAAUAAUUAAGAAAAUAGUUGAUUAAAUUAUGAAAGACAUUUUAAAUUUAUUGUUAGUUUUUAUUGAUGAGUUUGAGAGCUUAAUAAAAUUGUAGGUUUUUAUACAUACCGAGAAAAAAAAAUAAUUAAGUAAUAA